AUGGUCGCUGAGGCAAUCAAGACUAUUCUUUCACUUUGUGUGAUUUUCUGUCAGCAGCCGUCACGUGAUACAGAGACAACGCCACCUGCGAUAAACAAUUGUCCUGUCAAUCAAAUGGUCACGGCUAAGCCGAUGGCAAGAUACGCUAUAGCACACUGGAAAGAACCGCAUGCGUACGAUGCACACAAUAACCCACUUAAAACAAAACAUGGCGGACCGCUGCCGGGGUCAAAGGUUGUUGGCAAAAACACAGUGUUUUAUACAGCCAUAGACGAGAGUGGAAGUGCCGUGACAUGCAGUUUUUCAGUAAAUGUGGUCGUGGUUGAAUGCGAGAAUGCACUUGCCGUGACCAACGCCGUCAUUAGACGAAGUAAAGGAUACCCUCUUCUUGGGUCAUCCAUGGAGUACGAGUGUAACCAAGGAUACAUAGCUCAUGGUGACGUCAUACGGCACUGUGAACGUCACGGUGAAAUAGGUGCAUGGAGUAAAGCAGAACCAACAUGUACACCCAUUCACUGUGAUGCUCUCAUCAACCCAAAAUGGGGUGUAUACGAGUGUACGUCUGGUAACCGUUAUCUUAGUCAGUGCCGUCUACGGUGUUACCAUGGAUACAGCGUACCAAUGGGCUACAAUACACUGGUGAUGUGUAACAACGAUGAUGUUGAGCCACCACACUUCGAUUAUUGCCCGAAAGACAUCAAAGUAGUUGUGGAUGCUGCUCGUAAUGGUACCACUGUCGUGUGGAAUUUGCCAACUGCAUCUGACAAUUCACGUGACAAAGUUCAACCAGUGAGAGUGGGCGGUCCUAUGUCGGGUUCAGUUUUCAAUAUUGGCUAUUAUGGUAUACAAUACAUAGCGAACGACACUGCGGGAAAUGUUGCAGCCUGUGAAUUCCAUGUUUUAAUCACAGAACCUACUUGUCACCCAAUUACUCCGUUUCCAAGACAACGCAUCACCUGCCCGGAUGGAUUCGGUCUGGGCUCUAAAUGCUCUCUACAAUGUGCUCACGGGUAUACACUGAAUGGCAAAGAUCAAGUAAUUUGCAGGGACAGUCGUGGAAAUGCAUUGUGGGAUUGGGAGCAGCAACCUUAUUGUGCACCAAUAAUAUGCCCCUCUUUGUCGCCUCCAUUACAUGGCAGAUUACUGUGUGACAUGUGGGGUCACAAAGAGCUGUGUCGAGUUGAAUGUGACAGCGGAUAUGAAGUACCCCGAGGGUUUGACUACCCAGUAACACAGUACGUGUGUUUUCCAUCUGGUAAAUGGACACCAUCGGAUAAAGUUCCAGACUGUAUAAAAAGUAAAGAUCCUAAAUGGAGUAUUCUUCCUUCUGAGUGGUACUAUUAUACCCCAAACUGCACUGACAAUAAUUUACAGGAAACCGUUAAAGGCGAAGUUCAGAAAUACCUACAUAAAUACUUUUUACCCGAUACGUGUUCUUCAGACGUUGUCUGCUCUGUCCACGACGUCAGCAUCCGGUGUUCGCCAACCAAUCAGUACGGACUGAUUUUCAGACGUUUCAUUGGAUUAGCCUCCAUGGAGAGGUCGGCAAUGGUACCGAAAUUGAGACUUUCAAGGACCAUGUCACCUGAACAGACUUAUGGAAUGUUGUUAUUUGUUGAUUUCAAAAUCAAAGUGAGAGCCAAAAAUGUGACGGAUAGUUUUGCCGGAAGAGGACCUAUGUUUGACAGGAAUGCCCACAUAGUUGCGAAAAAGGUAGAAGAUUCAAUCAGAUCUGGUUACAUGAAUAUGUCCAAUCUCGGGAACAAGCAAUUGGAACUUGAAAAGCAAUCUUUUACGUAUGGACGUAUUGAACUUGGUUGCAGUGUUGGAUUUCUGCCACGAUAUACAAACCAUACAUGUGCGGCAUGUGGUUUGGGGACGUAUUAUAAUAUUAGUUCAGACAAAUGUGAACAAUGUUCGACUGGAUUUUAUCAAGAUGAGCAGGGUCAGACGUCGUGUAAGCCGUGCCAUGCUGGAAUGUCAACGUCUACGGUGGGAGCUACAAAUGUUGAAUAUUGUCAACCUAUGUGUGCCCCUGGACACUUUUCAUUGGAUGGUAUUCAGCCAUGCUCUGUAUGUCCUAAAGAAACUUAUCAGCCUAACUAUGGCUCUACUUCCUGCAUCAAAUGUCCUAUGGGAACGACUACACUACAAAUGGGGAUGACGUCAGUCAAAUCCUGCAGUGGAUUUGAUGUCAUGUUUUCAGCGAGCAGUGACAUAAAUUUCCCACUACUCCCAGGGGCCCCCAACGAUGUACGCAAUCUUGUAACGUUUACGUUGUCUUUUUGGAUGCAAGUGAAUUCUUCGGAAGAUAUCGUCUCGUUUGCGUAUGUGGGCGAAGAAGGAACUGGUAAAGAGCCCGAGUUAAUUUUAUUCCAAAACCCUGUCAACUUGGAAAUAGAAACGGUUGGAUACUCUAUUCUGGCGAAUAUCUUACUGGGAAUCCAACAAUGGCACCACAUGGCGCUGACUUGGAAUGGCACGCUGGGUAAAUGGGCAAUUUAUAAAGACGGUUUGUUGAUAGCGUCUGAUAACCUAUCUAAGCGUCGUGGAUCAUCAUCUAAUGGAAUUUUUACCAGCCAUUCGGUCACAAUUGGUGGUUCCUCUUUUUAUGGUGACAUUACAAGUUUAUACAUAUGGGACGUGAUACUAGAAGCUGGUGAUAUAUCGCUACUAUCAUCAUCUUGUGAAAUAUCCAAUAUAGACAGCAUUCCACCCUUGGUAACGUGGUCUGACUUUAUAAAUGGUUUGGAUGAAACAUUACCACUACGAAUGCCAUCUAUGUGUGACGAUACGAACGAGUGUGCUAGUAACCCAUGCCACGGGCAGGCUACUUGUGUUGAUGAACUGCGGUCAUAUGCGUGCGAGUGUGAACCUGGCUUUGCAGGAAAGCAUUGUGAAAUAAACAUUGAUGACUGCAAACAGAAUAUAUGUCAGAAUGAAGCCACGUGUCAAGAUGGUAUCAACAACUACACAUGUAAAUGCCCCCAUGGCUAUAAAGGACAACUUUGCGAAAUUCAAAUCAUUAAUGGACAGUGGAGUGAAUGGAGUGAAUGGAGUGAGUGCAGCCAUACCUGUAGUCAUGGCACCCAAUCAAGAUGGCGUCGAUGUGAUAACCCAGCCCCGGAUAUAGAUGGCAAGGAAUGUCAUGGUCAACGUUAUGCCCACAGAGAAUGUAACGAAGUAGAAUGCCCUGUUUGCAAAAUACCACAUCGUCCACUUCGAGGAUUCAUGGAAUGUGCCAACGUAACCGAUCAACUGGACUACAACUGUAGUAUAUACUGUAUACAUGGAUACAGAUUCAGUACACCUGUACAGAAACGCUAUUACUGUGGCAUUAGUACUGGGUACAUAUGGAGUCACGAAGGACCAGAUAAUCCACGGGCUAGAUUUCCAGCAUGCACAGAACUUGAUGUACCCAACGAGCUAGUUGUAAGCUAUCUUCUGAAGUACCCGGAUGCUAAAUGUAGUAAAAACGGCCAUACGUCAAAAACAAUAAACAAUGUGGUUGAGAAGAACGUAAACAACAUACACUGCGUGAAGAGAAAAGAAUGUCAGGUUAAAAUCAUCUCCUCCUGUGAGAAUCGCAAACGACGCGAUGCUGAAGACGGUGAUGAUGAUAUAUUGGUAGAUAUACAGCUGUCCAAAUCCGUGGACAAUACUGAAAAUGAGAUAAACGUCGACAACUACACAGGAAUCUACUACGAUAGACUGACGUCACUUAAGUCUGCCAUAGUGGAGCUGGAACACUCAGCUUCAGCAAUUAUCAAUCAAACCAAUGAGAACGCGUAUGAUGUAAUCGUCAAUGACAAGAAGAUUUCCGUCAACGCAACACUUCUGAAAACUGUUAUUACUUGUCCAAUUGGUUCAGUACAGAAUCAAGUUUUCUGUGUGAAAUGUUCCAUUGGACAUUUUUAUCGCCAUUCCUAUUGCAUACCAUGCCCACGUGACCACUAUCAAGACGAAGAGGGGACACUGAGUUGCAAAUCGUGUCCAGUUAGUAUGGUAACGGACGGUGAGGGCGCUUUUAGUAUUGAUGAAUGUACAGCCGAAAACAAAGAAUUGCACCAUACCGUCACAACAGACGCCACUACAACCGACAGCCAGGGGAAGAAACGAGAGAUUUACGGCGAAAUCCCAUUCCUUCUCACUUUCAUCAGUAUCCCUAUACUUAUCAUAAUCAUUAUAGUUUCCAUAGUUACCUGUCGAUGUUGGGGAAGGCGCGGAAGAAUCGUUAUUUGGAAACGGAAAGAAAGGAAACUUGGAGAUAAGACUAUAACACUUCGAGAUCGGGUCGUGUUAAAGUACGAUGCUGUCACUGGAGGAGAGAAAGGCGAUACAACAGACGAGGACGAAUUAGAUGAACACCAGUUGUGAUAACAUAAUAAUCAAUUUUGGUUAUUAUUUUAGCUGUGAGUGCAC